UGCGGUUCCAGCAUAUCGGAAGCUCGCACGAAAGGCUGCAUCUUCGAUAACCUAUCCUACUCAUUCGUCCCACCCGCCUGCUACCACGAAGACCUCUUAGAGUCGUUCCGCGCACGCUCGAACAUCACGUAUUACACCUCGCGCGAUUUCUCCACCGAAACCCUCAUCCCACAGGAAGAGAUCUAUGCUGGCGACUGGUCUGAAGCCUUCUCAACGAAGGAGCAGCACCCCGUGCACUGCGCCUUCAUGUUGAGCAAGAUGCACGAAGCGCUUUUGAAGCACUUACCGUUGGAUAACAAGGUGAUGAGCUUCGAGCAUACGAUUCAUUGUGGGCAGGUACUGAUG